CAUACAUCAACAGCUUGUUGAUUGAAGAGAAGCUAUGGAGAAAGAUCAGAAGCUUCUUGGGGUUGAUGAGCUGCCUCUCAGGCAACAAGAUCAGACCCCUCCUCGUCAACCGAAACGGUCGAAUCACGCAAUCAUUGCCGUGCUUCUCUUCUUCCUUGCUACAUUCUGGUUUACUACCAUUGGACCAGCCUUCACGUUUGGGAGACAUGGCUGCAAACACAAGCUUACUGUUGAACAAAGAGCCACGAGGAUCUUGAAGGAACAUCCACUCAUUGACGGCCACAAUGACUUGAUGAUCUUCAUCCGGGGAAAAUACCAGAACCAUAUCUACGGCAACGAAUUUCAAGAGAAGUUUGAGAACGGAGGUCUUGCACAGCACGUGGACGUCCCUCGCUUGGAAAAGGGCUUACAAGGCGGUGCUUUUUGGAGUGCCUUCUACGUUUGUCCUACCGGAGAGAAUACGGCAGACUUCUCUGACGAGCGAUAUUCAAGCAUCGUCAAAGCCACACUCGACCAGCUUGACCUGUACAAGCGCCUUGGAGACAGCUACCCAAAGUACUUCACCCCAUCGUCGAAUAGCCAUGAUGCCGUCAAAGCCUUCGAACAUGGUCAUCUCAUCUCGCCUGCUGCCAUCGAAGGCUUGCACCAGAUUGGCAACUCUGUGUCCAACCUACGUCUGUUCCAUCAACUUGGUGUCCGCUAUGCAACCCUUACAUGGAACUGCCACAACAAGUAUGCAGAUGCCGCAUUGGAAACCAAAUACAACUAUGAUGCCCGGGUUGCGACGCCAUACUGGAAGGGCCUGAGUCCAGCAGGUCGGGAUCUUGUCAAGGAAAUGAAUCGCCUUGGUAUGCUUGUCGAUCUCGCUCAUGUCAGUACCGACACCAUGAGGGAUGUGCUUGUCGGUAAGGGCGACGGAGACUGGACCGGCAGUCUUGCUCCGCCUAUCUUCAGUCACAGCUCAGCCCACGCCAUCUGCCCUCACCCCCGUAAUGUACCAGACGACAUCCUGCACCUUGUGAAGAAGCGCAACUCGGUCGUUAUGGUGAACUUCAACCCCGACUUCAUCUCUUGCAAGGAAGGGAACUCGACUUCAGGUCUCCCUGAGACUGUCCCUGCCAAUGUGACGCUGAAUCAGGUUGUUCGUCACAUCAAGCACAUCGGCGAGCUCAUUGGGUACGACCACGUUGGAAUCGGUACUGAUUACGAUGGCAUCGAAGGGACACCUGCUGGCUUGGAGGACGUUUCUAAGUUCCCAAAUCUGAUCGCAGAACUUUUGCGUCAAGGUGUCAGUGACAAGGACGCAGCUAAGAUUGCGGGAGGCAAUGUUCUGCGGGUGUGGAAAGAGGCAGACGCUGUUGCGAAGAAACUGCAGAAGCACACGAAGCCGCUGGAAGAUGACAUCCAGAAUCCGUGGUAA